AUGAACGAGGAGAUGAAGAGAAACAAGAUGGUCAGAUCUCGAUCUGGGUCAUCGAAGGUUCGUGUCCCGACUACCUCUAAGAAACGCAUUCGACUGACGAUUAUAAAGGGCCCAAGCCAAGCUCCUCUCGAGGAAGAGGACGAGCCUCUCCUCUCGGCAACGGAAAGAUUGAAGACUUGA